AUGCUCCCCGAGAACUUGAAGGCACCUAGCCGUGCGGCAUCGUUCACAGAUCUUGCUGCUCUCCGGAAAUCGAAGAAGGGAAAAACCAGGGAGGCAAUCGAGGUUUUGUCUGAAACCGAGAAAUUUGUUCAUGCUUACAAUCCCUGGUUCUUGGAUGUGGCUUCACCAACUUCGGAAGAUAUGCGUGCCAUAGGCAAGCUUCUACAUCUUCAUCCUUUGACGCUUGAGGACAUUCUACAGCAAGACCCUCGCGAGAAGUUGGAGCGUUUUCCGAAACUUGGGUAUUACUUCAUAUCAUUUCGAGCGAUUGAGAGUCGUACUAUGGGAACAAAGAUUGAGCGUCAGAUUGAUUUUGGCACCGACACCGGAGGAGAUGAGGGGCCGUUUCUGGAGUCGAAUGUCUAUCUGGUCGUUUUCAACGAAGGCGUGUGCUCAUUUCAUUUCACGGACGCCUCUGAACAUAUUGACCGAGUGCGGAACCGUAUAAUAUCUCUCGAGAAGACCAUAAAUAUGUCUUCAGCUUGGAUCGCACACAGCUUACUUGAUUCAAUUGUAGACUCCUUCUUUCCUUUCUCGGACGAGAUAGAAAAGGAAGUCAUGGCCAUGGAACAGCUGGUCUACCCUUCAGGUACUACUACAACGGCCUCGGAUGUUCCAGCAAGAUCAGAAUUUGUCCUUCCAGAAAAGGUCGUCCCGGCAAAGGAGCCUCUGCCUGCUCUCAACGAAAAGAAUCUGCUGAGACUCGAAGGUACCUUUUCUGGUACCCGUACGCAUUUCGCCCUUCCUCGACCUCCUCUCCCAUUGCUUUACCGACGUUUUCUGCGAUACAUACGUUCCCUUUGGCAACCUUCUCUCUCCAACGAAAAGUCUAUACCAAGCUCUACGAUGAUCACCCUCCGGCGUAUGGCUAGGAUACGCAGACUAGUCACGUCGUUGACUCGCCUUCUCGCGGCCAAGUCAGAAGUUGUCGCACAAAUCAGGAAGCGGCUGCUUACUGGAUCGGGGAAUGGAACCUCAGUCAACAAUGAUGAAGCUGAGGUCGCUAUGUACAUGGGUGAUGUUCAAGAUCACAUUCUCAGUCUCCAACAUUCACUUGCCCAUUAUGAACGUAUGUUGAGCCAGUCACACCCAACAUAUCUGCAACAGCUACGAACCCAUGUUUCAUUGACCAAGUCUGGAGCUGACAAGGCCUUGGUAUAUCUCACAACGGUCAGUAUGGCAGUCUUGUGUCUUCAGACAGUCAUUGGCAUGUUUUCACAAAAUGUAAAUGUACCUGCUAGCCCUGAUUCCUUUCAUGUCUUUGGUAUCGUCAUUUCGGUAGAGUGCGUCGUACUUACGGUGUACCUAGCAGUAGUUCGACGGUGGUGGCUCAAUGCGAAGAAACUAAAAGGCAAAGCUUUAGGUUAA